ACUUAAGCGUGUCCUAACCCUCAAAACGUAGAACACCUCUCUUUCUCUUUGUCCUUAGGGUUUGGUUGAUUUCACGCAAAGGAAGCGAAGCGAUGGAUAGAUAUUGGCGACGAGACCCGAGGAGGCCGAUGAUGCAGUAUGACUUUCUGAAUGAGAUGGAAUAUUCAGGAUCCUCGAUGCCUAUGCAGAUGGAGAUCGAUGAUGAUGACUUCUACCCCAUGGAGUUGUUUGAAGGUGGAGGACUUCUAUCCUCCCCAAAGAAGCCUGAUUACACCAUUUUCUUUCACAAAUUCGAGGAUGAUUUUGAUGAUUCCGAUAUCAAUUGAUUUCGAUUAUUUCUCACCUUAUCAUUCUCUUUAGGGUUUAUUUUCGAUUUACCAUGACUUUUAUCUCUAGAGAUUAUUGUUAUAGGUGUUCGUUGUUCGUACUCAAUAAUUGAUAAACCCUUGUCACUCAAUUACAUCUUAUGUAUUGUAUUGAUUUCUCUUAAAUUACUCUCGUUGUGAUUGUUCUUAUAUUUAUGGUUGUUGUGUCUUGAUGAAGAUACGGUUAGAAUUA